GGAAGCCGUUGGUUUUGUGCAUGGCGUGUCGUCGGGAGUCGGGUGUGGUAGUUUCAUUUCAUCGUCGUUUUGAUUUUGCAGAUCUUUCAGCUCCAAGAAAAGAUGCAGAGCGAAGACAAAGAGGUGGAAAGAGGAUCCUGGCAGGAGCCGUGGGAGCGUUGAACAAGUCGAAUGUCAAUCUCCCCGCCAACUCCUUCCUUGAAGCUAAAAGACCGCAAACUUCCUCGUCCAACGUCAAGCAAGAGCUCCGAGAGGCAGCCAAGAAGGGCGACGCUCAAGCUCUUCACCGGCUCCUUCAUGCUGGGGCAGAUGUGAACAUGCGGCUUGACUCGUAUGACUUGAGGCCUCUCCACUAUGCUGCCUGGCACGGCAAGACAGACGCAGUGGAGCUCCUCCUCUCCUACAAGGCAGACAUCAACGCGCGAAACAAGGACCUGAAAACCGCUCUGCACCUGAGCGCAAGUCGAGGACACUUGAAGACAGCUCGCCUGCUUGCCAGGCGAGGCGCGUUCCUGACGGUGAGAGACAAGGAGGGAAACACUCCUCUCGAAGUCGCAGAGAUGUGGGGGAAAGCACAAGUCGCGAUGCUGCUGGAGGAGCUUGUCGAGACUGCAAGGGAUGGGCAGGCACAGCGACGAUGGACGGAAGAUGUGCUGCGAGAGCUUGGAGCGAAGAGCUCGACCGACUCGAGGAGCAGCAGCGAGAGGAGAAGCUCAUGAGACGAGGAGCAGCAAGCAGAGGAAGAGCGAUGCAUUCGAGGGGAAGGACGUAGAAGAGGCGGGUAGGGAAGGAAAAUCUCGCGGGCAGGUAGGGAGUAUGCUAUGUUAUCAAGACUCGACAAGAAAAGUCAAGAAGGCCUGUC